AUGACUUCCAAAACGAAUGGAGGAGGAUAUGAGCAAUCCUCGCAACCUUCUCUGCUCACGUCAUUUCCCGAAGACAUCGUCGUCGACAUCUUAGCACGUGUACCACGACACGACUAUCCAGCUCUCUCCCUCGUUUCCAAGCAGUUCAGAUCACUUGUUACGUCACAUGAGAUAUACUCAAGAAGAUCUUUGUUGAGGUGCACCGAGAACUGUAUAUAUGUUAUAAUCCGUAGCCGUAAGGCCUCUAAUGACCGUUUGUAUAUUCUUCGCCGGAAAGCCGACGGCAGCCACUGCUUGGUCCAUAUCUCUUCCCUUUUGGAUUUUCCUAAAGGUGAAAGCUUUGUUACGGUGGGUUCAAUGAUAUAUGGGUUUGGUGGGAGGGAUGAUAAUGAAACCCUAACUUUAUUGAGGGCCUUCAGCAUCGACUGCAGAUCGCACACCGUGAAACCACUCCCCAACAUGCCUAUACCCAUGACUAAUACAGUUGCUGCGUUUCUCGACGGGAAAGUGUACGUAUUUGGAAAAUGCAGUAUGAAGUCACAGAGUGUGGUCGUCUUCAAUAUAGAAACACAAAUGUGGGAGCCUGUGGUGAUAAAGCCAGACACUACUACACCACCACCUAGGAUGAUAUGGGGCGAGGGUUGGAUGAGAGUGAUGGCUAAUAAGAUAUACAUGAAGUACAAUGGGAACAUGCUUGUUUACGUGCCAAAGGAAAGUAAAUGGGAAACAGACGAUGUACUGAGUUCUAAGUACUAUGAUGGUAGUGCGUGCGUCCUUGAUGACGUUAUGUACUACUACGAUAGUUUUGAGAAGUGUUUAAACAGGUAUGAUCCGAAGGAGAGGCGCUGGGGAGUGGUGAAAGGUUUGGAUGAAUUAUUGGCUGAGAUGGCACAUCAAUAUUUGACGAUGAGUGUGCCUUUUGGUCGAAAUCUGGUUUUGUUUUUUAUUAAAGAAAAAGAAAAAUGUGAAGCAACAGCGAAGAUUUGGUGUGCAGAGAUUUCGCUGGGGAGACAUCAAGGAGAUGAGGUUUGGGGUAAAGUUGAGUGGUGCAGUCAGGUUGUGGUUGCUGAGACAAUGUACUUUUUGAGACCUAUAGGUGUUAUAGUUUGA